GCGCGACAAUGCUACUGAUGACGCUACUGAUGAUGAUGAUGAUGAUGAUGCUGGUGGUCGCGGUCUCUGCUGACGCUGACGUUGAUGAGCACCGCGCUCGUGCUCCUGCUCCUGCUCCUGCUGCUGCUGCUGCUGCUCAUCCUGGUCACCCUCCUGCCCACCGCGCCCCGCCUCGGCCAAUGCGCGUGAGGAUGAUUGCCGGCGAGGAUGUGGAUGUCGGGAAGGUCGUUCCGGGGACCAACAUGACGUGCUACGUCCACUCGCUGGAUGAGGUGAUUUGCAAUGGAACCGUGUUCGACACGCUCUCCGACGAGCAGAUCGAGUUCAACACGCCAGAGUUCUGGGAAUACGUCGCCAUCAUCAUCUCGCUCGUCCUGAUGGCAGGUACCAUGUCUGGCCUCACGAUGGGUCUGCUGUCCCUCGAUGCAAUGACGCUGGGUGUACUCAAGAACAGCGGAACCCCGCAGGAGCAAAAGCACGCCACUACGAUUCUGCCUCUGAUUGAGCGCCACCAUUUGCUUCUCGUCACGCUCCUGCUUUCCAACGCUGCAUGCAUGGAAGCUCUGCCAAUCUUUUUGGACCGCAUCAGUUCGCCCAUCAUUGCCGUCGUCGUCUCAGUGUCGUUGGUGCUGUUCUUCGGCGAAGUCAUUCCACAAGCACUCUGCACACGUUAUGGUCUGAGCAUCGGUGCAAAUAUGGCCUGGCUCGUCAAGAUCUUGAUGGUCCUGACCUUCCCACUCAGCUAUCCGAUUGCAAAACUUCUCGAUUGCUUGCUUGGUCACGAAAACAAGACCUUCUUCCGUCGCGCACAGCUCAAGGAGUUGGUCUACCAACACGGCCAGAUUGCCGAAGAAAACCAAGACCCGCUCAGUGUCGACGAGGUCAGCAUCAUUAAGGGCGCCAUUGAACUGCGCAACAAGUCAGUCCGUGACUCGAUGACUCCCCUGGUUUCCGUGGUUAUGCUGAACGUGCGCGGUCUUCUUGAUCGUCCGACUCUGAAGCGGAUCCAAGGGUGUGGGCACAGUCGUAUUCCCGUCUACGAGAAUGAUCGCACAAACAUUAUUGGUCUGAUUCUCGCCAAAAAUCUCAUUCUUGUUGACCCCGAUGACAACGUCCCAAUCCAACAUGUCAUGACUCGCCGUUUGCCCAAAGUUCGCGCCGACUUGCCGUUGUAUGAUUUGCUCAACGAGUUCCAGACAGGAAAGAGUCACAUGGCCGUCGUUGUCGACACGCCGCAGGCAGACGAAGCGGGCGAGGCUCAGCCGCACAAGGUCGUCCUUGGUGUCAUUACUCUCGAGGAUGUCAUCGAGGAGCUGAUCCAGGAAGAGAUUAUCGACGAAACCGACGUCUAUGUCGAUGUGCACAAGAAGAUUCGCGUUGCUCGCGUCCUGCAGCAGAUGGGCGACUCGUCUGCCAGCUUCGAUGCCGCCAUCAUCAGGGCCGCGAAUGGCACGGCAUCCCCGCGUGGCUCGGUGCAACGCACUUCCAUUGUUCCGGGCAUGGGGCACAGCGCCACGAAUGCUGGUACUGCACCCGCCGGACCCGUGCCCCGUACCAGCGUUGUUACCCAGCCCGACUUUUACAGGCCGCCAGGCUCGGGUCGCCCCGGCCUCGCACAUCAAAGUUCGGUCGACUUGAAUAGCUCUGUUGUCUAUUUUGCCAGCCAGGAUUCGCGCUCUCCCUCUCGCGGAGGCCUCGGCGCCGGAAACUCCAAUGGCUAUCAAAUGGGCGAGUCCCACGAUGCCCGUGUUGUCCAUAUCGAUGAAUCGCCCAUGGUCACUCGCAGACAUAUUUCUGGUUCCAUCAACGGUCAGGCAGACGAGCGCACGCUGUUGCUGCCAUAGUUGUCUCAAUGUUAAUGUUUGAUUUCGCAUUUUUAUAUUUUUUUUUUUCAGUGUUGUUGAUUGUCUUUUUUUUUUCUUGACGCACUGUUUCAUUGUUCCACAUGCGCGUGUUUUGCUUGUCCUGUAGUUGCC